AUGCGGGGCGACUUCUGGCUCCUUGUGCUGGUGCUCAGGGGUGCUGCCCGGGCUCUGAUACCCCACCCCAGAGCAGGCCACAAUGAAGGUCAAGGCUCUGGAUGGGCUGCCAAGGGGACCAUGCAGGGUUGGACUCGAAGAGCCCGUGAGAGCCCCAUGCAGGAGUCAGAAACACACAGGACCCAGCUGAGCCAGGACCUGGGUGGGGGCACCCUGGCCAUCGACACGCUGCCAGAUAACAAGACCAGAGUGCUGCCAUUGUGUCUUCAUCCCCAAGAAGACAACCACAGCUACUACGUGUCGCGGGUAUAUGGCCCCGAUGAACCCCGAAGCCAGGAGCUGUGGGUGGAUGUGGCCCAGGCAAACCGGAGCCAAGUGCGGGUACACCGAGUCCUCUCCAACACCCACCGACAAGCGUCUAGAGUGGUCUUGUCCUUCGAAUUUCCUUUUUAUGGGCAUCCUUUGCGGCAGAUCACCAUAGCAACUGGAGGCUUCCUCUUCAUGGGAGAUGUGACCCACCGGAUGCUCACGGCCACGCAGUACGUGGCCCCUUUGAUGGCCAACUUCAACCCUGGUUACUCCAACAAUUCCACAGUUGCCUACUUGGACAAUGGGACAGUCUUUGUGGUGCAGUGGGACCAUGUGUACCUCCAGGGCUGGGAGGACCGUGGUAGCUUCACCUUUCAGGCAGCCCUGUACCGCGACGGCCGCAUCGUCUUUGGCUACAAAGAGAUCCCCAUGUCUGUCCUGGAAAUCAGCUCCUCCCAGCACCCCGUGAAAGCCGGCCUGUCAGAUGCCUUCAUGCUUUUCACCCCGGCCCUUGACAUAUCAGAAUCACGGCGAAGGACCAUCUUUGAGUACCACCGCGUGGAGCUGGACCCCAGCAAGGUGACCAGUAGGUCAGCUGUGGAGUUCACCCCAUUGCCCACCUGCCUUCAGCAUCGGAGCUGCGAUGCCUGCAUGGCCUCGGACCUGGCCUUCAACUGCAGCUGGUGCCAUGUCCUGCAGAGAUGCUCCAGUGGCUGGGACCGCUACCGCCAGGAGUGGCUGACCUACGGCUGCGCCCAGGAGGCGGAGGGCAAAACGUGCGAGGACUUCCAGGAUGAGGACCACUACUCAGCCUCACCUGACAGCUCCCUCGGCCCCUCGGACGGAGAUGUCACCACCUCCCCCUCGUCCCUCGCGGGAGAUGGCCUCACCACAGAAGAUGACACCAAGCUGGAUCCCUACGCGGGCGGAGAUGGUCUCCAGAACAACCUGUCUCCCAAGUCCCAGGGUGCCCCGGUGUCCCUGGGCACCGCCGUGGGUGUGGCACUGGCGAUCCUGCUCGUGGCAGCCAUUGUCCUGGCUGGCAUUUACAUCAGUGGACACCCCACCUCCAACGCUGCCCUCUUCUUCAUCGAGCGGAGACCUCACCACUGGCCAGCCAUGAAGUUCCGCAACCACCCUAACCAUUCCACCUACACAGAAGUAGAGGCAGCAGCCCACGAGAAGGAGGGCUUCGUGGAGGCCGAGCAGUGCUGA